AUGCCGUCGCCGCUCCCUCGCGCUCUGGAUCGGCCUCCGGAGAAAGCGAGAAGUGCGCGCAGGGAGGACGAGGGUAGAUCAAUGGUCUCCGGUGUCCCCGGCACGAGCUUCCGGGGGUCCUCCCGGCGCAGGAAAGGGAUGCACCCCCAGCCCAGUCAACCCACGCCGUCUCCUCUCGCUCUUUUCACUGGAUCUCGCCUUGGAAUAAUUUGCCACCGCUCCGUCACCCCCUACCCUCAACCCAAACUGCCUGGCGGGGUUGUUUUGGAGAAAAUUGACGCUUCUCUUCUUCUUUGA